GCACACAGUGCGGACUUUCGGGUCUUUCGUCCGUUUCCCCAUUUCAUUUUACCACAAGCACACAUUUCACAAUGCGGUUAGAAAAGUGCUACUUUUGCUCAAGCACAGUUUACCCUGGACAUGGCACAAUGUUUGUGCGCAAUGACAGCAAAACUUUCCGUUUUUGCCGAUCAAAAUGCCACAAGAACUUUAAAAUGAAGCGUAACCCACGCAAAGUUCGUUGGACAAAGGCGUUCAGAAGAGCAGCUGGAAAAGAAAUGACAAUCGAUGCGACUCUUGAAUUUGAGAAGCGACGCAAUAUUCCAGUACGCUACGAUCGGGAGCUGAUGGCGACAACUCUGAAAGCGAUGAAACGAGUGGCGGAGAUCAAAGCACGUCGGGACCGUGUAUUCUACAAAAAGAGAAUAAGUGGCAAGAAGGAACACGAGAAACAACAAAAUGUGUUGGAAAUCCAACGCAACAUCCAACUGAUCGGCGAGCCUUCUCUCAAAGAGAAGGUCAUGGAGCAGAAGGUCAUGGCGACGGAAGAGAGGAUGGACAUGGAGACAGCGUAAAGCAGACUCACGGGGGUUCACUUUGUCGAUUAUACCGCUUCUUCGUUUAUGAAUUUUAUGUGUGUCAUUGGUGGUGUGGGAUUAUGGUGCAGAAGUACGGUGUGGGAAGAUCAGGAUGCGAUGAUGGCAUGUCCAGUUGCAUUUAGUGCUUUUGAAUUCAGAGGAAUCCAUUGGAUCGGUAUGCUUUUCAAAGGGGAAUAGGUGGUUGUAUCGGUGGUCUUCGUUUGAACUUGUGUAUAUAACAUACUUUUUUAUAAUUGAAUAAUAAAGAUCAAUCGCGAUCGGUCGAGGUUAGGUUUCAUA